UUGUGAGUCGUGACUGCGGGCAUAAUCUGAAAUUUGUAGGCCGAAGAGUAACGAAAUCUAAGGGCUGGCCGCUCUGAGGGCGUCUCCCGGUAUGACGUGAGGCGCGGCGUGGUCUGAUAGACCUCCUACAUCUCCUACAUCUCCUACACCUCCUACAUCUCCUACAUCUCCUACAUCUCCUACAUCCAUACCUCCUGUCUCCACAAUGCUCAUCAAGGAGUAUCGUAUUCCUCUACCUCUCACGGUAGAGGAAUAUCGGAUCGCUCAGCUCUACAUGAUCGCUAAGAAGUCGCGGAUGGAGAGCCACAGCGAGGAGAGCGGCGUGCAGAUCUUGGUGAACGAGCCCUACACUGACGGCCCUGGGCCUUCAGGCGCCGGCCAGUACACGAGGAAGGUUUACUACGUCGCCUCCCACCUGCCUGGCUGGCUGAAGGCGCUGAUCCCGAAGUCGGCGCUGACGGUGGAGGAGGAGGCCUGGAACGCCUACCCCUACACCAAGACGCGCUACACCUGCUCCAUGGUGGACAAGUUCAGCCUCGAGGUCGAGACCGUCUACCACGAUGACGGCGGACAUCAGGACAACGUCUUCAACCUCACUCCUGCUGAGCGCAAGCUCUGCGAGUGUGACCUGAUCGACGUGGUGCGGGACCAGACCCACGGCGCGGACUACAACGAGGCCGAGGACCCCACCCUGUACCGGUCCAGCAAGACCGGCCGUGGUCCUCUACAGGAGGACUGGAUCCAGACAUACUGGGCCGCGUGCCAGGGUCGGGCGACGCCCCUAGAGGACGGGCGGGCCAUCAUGUGCGCCUACAAGCUCUGCAAGGUCGAGUUCCGCUACUGGGGCAUGCAGAGCAAGAUAGAGAAGUUCAUCCACGACGUCGCGCUGCGGAAGACGAUGCUGAAGGCGCACCAGCAGGCGUGGGCGUGGCAGGACGAGUGGUGGGGCCUGACCAUCGCUGACGUGCGGGCCAUCGAGGAGGAGACCAUGGCGCUCCUGCAGCAGAAGUACGCUUCGUCAGAACACGACGACGAUGAAGAGGACGAUGUGGUUGCCAACACCAACGACAGAGAUAAUAAUAGUUCUAAACCUGCCGUCGAAGUUGACAGAAAUGCAGACGGAGUCACAAAUUAUGACAGAAGUAGCGACACUGACAGACGGAACAAUAUUGUGAACGGGGGGAACGUUCAUCACGCUGUAGGGGCUCCGCGCAUGCGCAUGGAAAGUGAACAGAGUGACAGGAGUGGGGUGAGUGUGCGCGUGGAGGAGAGUGGGGACUUGAGAGUGGGUGGAUCAAGCCCAUACUCCGUCCCCGAGUGGGCUGGCAGCUGCGACAGUCUCCAGCCAGACCACUUGAGCGGCAGGAGGCUAUCCUGGACUCGCAGCGCAUCUAAGAACACACUCAGUUCUCAGUCACAAGUGAGCUGGCGCAUGGAGAGCAUCAGGCGCGACUCCUGCUCAGACUCUGGGGGCGACGACGAGUUCUUUGACUGUCCUGCACCCCCAUCCCCCCAGCAGCGCGGGGGUGAGCGUCAGCAGCAGCCCACUGCCCCACUGCCCCUCCGCCAUCCUCGUGCUGGUCCUACACGCGGGCUCCGUCCUGGAAACUCCCUCCGAGUGCAGCAGUGCAGGCAGCGACCUGGCCACCUUCAGACACGUGUUCGAGGGCGUGGUGCGGCAGCAGUACCCUGUGCUGGCGGGGGGCGGUCUCGCCUUCAGACUCGUGCCUGCUGAGACCUUCACCGCGUCUGCCCUGCACACUCUCACCACGCUGAGCGGGAACUUCAGCGGGGACGGGUGGGUGCCUGUAGGGGCGCUGCCCGUGGUGGCCGAGGGCACGGCGGCCUACGCGGAGGCCGUGGCCAGCACUGCGGCCUCCCUACAGGCCGCCUACAGGGACUUCCUCAGCUCCUCUGACGGCAUAGGCUUCACGGGCCACGUCUGUAUUGUGGGAGACUGUGUGGCUGGGCUGUUGCUCUACGAUGUGCUGUGUCAGGACACAUCAGCGGCCGACGACCCUGCGUGGGGUGAAGGAUCGCAUCCUGGCGGGGGCGGCGCCCCCCUCACCCGUCAGCUCAGCGACCAGUCAGGCCUUCUGAACAGCCCCCGCCGCCGGGGGGGCGGUGGUACCAGGCUGGAAUACGAGACGUGCGACGUGUUCCUGCUUGGCUGCCCGCUGGCGCUGGUGCUCCUCAAGCGCAAGAUGAUCUGCACCACGCACUACGUGCCAGCACGGCCACGGUGUCAGCAGCUCUACAACCUCUUCCAUCCCACUGACCCGCUGGCACUGAGACUUGAGCCGCUGCUGGCACCCCGCCUGGCAGCGCUGCCUCCUGUCAUCAUCCCGCGCUACACCAAACACCCACUCGGCGACUCCCAGCCCACUCAUCUCCUGGAGUACAUCCAGCGGCAAGGUGGCCUGCUGAGCGACCCCCCCAGCAGCAGCGGCGCGCCUCUCCGUAGGUCCUCAGACGCCUCCCUCACCAGCACCGUGUCUGGCCUCGCUGACACUCAGGCACUCGCUACUGGCACUGCCUUGCGGGAGGUGUGGUGGGGAAGUAAGAGGCUGGACUACGCCCUCUACUGUCCUGACGGCCUCGCUAACUUCCCUCCCAACUCCCUGCCCCAUCUCUUCCAUGCGUCCUUCUGGGAGAGCAGCGACGUGGCGGCCUUCAUCCUCCGUCAGGUGGUGCGCAGCUCCCACAUCGGUGCGCCCGGUGACCGCGACCUGCCGGCCCUCGCUCCGACCCACCCUCGGGAAAAGUGGAUCAGGAAGCGGACAUCCGUCAAGCUCAAGAACGUGACAAGCAACCACCGCGGUAACGACGUGCUCGUGCGCUGCGGCGCCCCCCAGACCAUCAACGCCCGCUUCAUGUACGGCCCUCUGGACAUGGUCGCCCUCAGCGGAGAGAAGGUAGACAUGCACAUCAUGCGGUCGCCCCCCAACGGAGAGUGGUGCCACGUGGGCUCUCCCAUCACGGACAAGACGGGCCGCCUCUCCCACACCCUCACCCAUGAGCACGAACUCCCUGCCGGCAUCUACCCCGUCAAGAUGACCGUCAGAGGGGACCACACGGGCUGCACACUGUGGCUGGCUGUGGUGCCCGUGGGCACGCACGUGGUGGUGUUCAGCAUCGACGGCGCCCUGACGGCGAGCGUCUCGGUGAGCGGCGCCGACCCCAAGGUGCGACCUGGAGCUGUGGACGUCCUGCGCGUGUGGCAGCAGCGCGGCUACCUGCUGCUCUACAUUACAGGCCGUCCCGACCUGCAGCACCACAAGGUGCUGUCGUGGCUGGCUAAGCACAACUUCCCGCACGGUUUGCUGUCGUUCGUGGACGGCAUCACGACCGACCCCCUCGGCCACAAGGCCUCCUACCUCAGGAGCCUCGUACAGGACCACGGGGCGAUCAUCGACGCGGCGUACGGCAGCACGAAGGACAUCGGUGUUUACAGCGGGCUGGGGCUCGCACCCGAGCAGAUCUACGUGGUGGGCAAGGCUAACAAGAAGCAGCACACUCAGGCGCAGGUGCUGGCAGAAGGUUACUCAGGCCACCUGAGUGAGCUGAGUGAGACGCUGCGGGCGGUGACAGUGCCACCACAGCUGGCACUCACGCGCACCUUCUGCAGCCCCGUGGCCCUCCACAGUGCCAGCGUCAAGGGGCACAGGAUCUGGGCGUCGUCUUCAGUAUCAGGCAGCCCCAGCGCCCGUCGCGGCGACAGCGUCCACUAGUGCUGCGUGAUACUGCUGUACACUGUACACUCUUUCUGAUAUCUGCACACUGUACCUCUGACUUAUGUACAGUGCAGCUUUCAUCUCUGUGCACUGUACCCCUGACUGCUGUACACUGUACCUCUGACUGCUAUACACUGUACUCAUAAACACAAGACUGUGCACAGUUCUUGGCUGCCCAGUUCACCUCUUCUUGAAGUGUAGUGUCGUCUUGCGUGGCGUCCAUUUUCAAGCGUAGAUCUCGCAACUCCUAUACGCCAGCAUGCAACUGUUAUGCGCACUACACGCCAGCAUGCAACUGUUAUGCGCACUACAUGCUAGACAUACUACAUGCAGCAGAUGCAAGUGUAUAAACAAGAAACUCUGAUUACACCUGCUGCAGGUGCAAGCAUCUGCACCUGCAUUAUCAGCUGCAAGCGCUCAUUGCAGAUGAUGAGAAGGAAGUGAAUGUUUCUCCCAGCGCUAAGAAUUGUGCUCUUAAAUUUCGAUGGCUUGACACUUCAUUAUUUUGUUCAAUAAUUUUUCUGAAACUUAAGAGGAAAAUUCUCUAGCCAAAAAAUUUUAUGCUAAUUUAUAAUAUCUUUUUUAAUUCGCGAAGUAAUCUCGACAUUUUGAUGUUGAAGUUUGAGUUUUGGAAUUGUUUGUCUGUAAUGCUGAAUUGGGAAAUUGCGUAAUUUUUCGAGUUUUGAACUCAACUGUGACCUGAAGAUUGUUGUGCUUACCAGAGAUUGUGAUAAUGGAUUACUACUUUUUUUUAUUUGCAAAAGCUAAUAUACAAAUAGUUUUCUACGUUCCAUUUGAAAUUACAUGAAGAGAUGAAAUAUUAACAAAUAAGUAUAUUUACCUCGUUCACAUGAACGUGAUGACGAGGUCACGUGAACGUGAUGACGAGGUCACGUGAACGUGAAGACGAGGUCACAUGAACGUGAUGACGAGGUCACGUGAACGUGAUAACGAGGUCACAUGAACGUGAAGACUAAGUAGUGAGAGUAUCGCGUUAGUUCAGUGCCCGGGACCUAAGUAGCUAGUGAGGCUAGGCGGGUUGGUCCCUGCCACGCUUAGCGCUGCGCACGCUUCUAGUUAAGAGGAUCCCUACACUCAAAGAAAUACAUGGGUCUAAUUGUCCAAAUAGUGAUACGCUUAUUACUACGUAGCACUGAUACGCUUAUUUUUCCGGCUUUCCAGGCCGAACUGACUCAGGAUGAUCCACACCUGGGCCUAUACUUUCAAAACUCGCUAAGUGAACGUAAGUACUUACGCU